CAUGAAGACAUACAAGCUGGACUUGCUCUCUCUCUUCUAAUUUUCCGAUCGCUAUUCGCAAAAUCUCACAUCAAAGUCAAGCGGCCGUGUUCUCAAGUUCACAGAAUAAUCAAAAAUGGCAAACUCCACAGAUACCAGAGUGAAUGAGGCACAAGCCCAUGACACUUGGUUCCCAGGCAUGGACCCCAUCGACGUUGCCGAACUCUGCAGAAUCAGACCCAGAAAUUGGUUAGCCUUCCACGAUGAAGCACAACAUCAUCACAACCCACCAAGUCAACAGAUAUCGACACCCGUCUUGACAGAGAACCCUCCCAGCUUCAGCACAAAGCGCAUCCGCGACUCGAUCUGCGUCUACAAGGAUCGCAAAUCAAAACCCCGUCGUCAAGUCCGCAGAAAGCCAAACGAGUUGUCAGAACCCACCGUCACCGACGACGAAGUGAGCGAGCGCCAGUCAACGUCUCUCAAAAGCGAUAGCAUUCGCAGUCAAGCAAGCAUUCUCUCCAAACUAGUCGUCAAGAAAGCGGCAAAAAGCUUCUGCGUCUUCAUGCUCUGCACACCACCAGACGAUUACACAGCUCCACCCUCCAGAGCCGUCUCUUUACCAGCAAAUGCUUCGACCACUUCAAAGAUCGCCAACAAGUUCUGGACUUUUGUCGAUGGCGAAUCACGCUACCCACCUCAAGCAAAAUCAGAAUCUAGAGCAAACCUCACAAGCUCAACCCUCAGACCCAGAGACGGCGCCGCGGCUAUAAAUCAUGGCUCGACCACCACCAUCAGCCAUGUUGAAGGUCCCGAUCCGAACAAUACACCCAGACGCUUCCCCAUCUUCGACACAGACAUUUGGAAAUCAGCACGCAGACCAUCAUCACUCCUUUCCAUGCAUUCUCAAGCAUCACAAAAAACAUAUACAUCCACUCGCCCGCUGCCACCAACACCAUACCUCACACCUCACUCACCAGACGAAGAAUACGUCUCAUACAAUCACCGCGAGUGGAUCCCCGAGCAAGACAUUUCUCCCUGCACGAGCAUCCACGGCGACGGAACAUCAAAUUGCCAGACCGAUGUUAGAAGGGCAUCUGAUAUGCAUAGCCAGCAUUGUGGCUGGGAUCUUGGAGGUUCUUCUGUGACUUCUGCCGAAAGUGUUUACAGCAAAGUCAACAGUUCCAGAGAGCAGAGUUUUGCUGAUGAUAUUUGAUGGAAUUGGAUAGAAGCAAGGAAGACAGGAGAGGAAGGAAAACAUUGCGGGACACUAUAGAAGGAGGAAUGAUAGAUUGGGGUGGAAAACUGUUGAGGCUCAUCUCACGCCUCGUAAGCGUGCUUGAUAAGGCUCUGCGGUAUCUGGUCUCAUAUGAUGCGAUAAG